AACUCUGAAGAGAUUAAAAAAAAAAAAGAAAGCCACUUUGUCAAUUGCUUUUACUACUACAGUACUACAAGUCUCUUUCUUUCUCUCUCUCUGCCUCUGUUCCCAAGGAGAAAAGCUUCAAUCUCAAAAUCCAGAAGCUCAAAAAACCCCAAAUAAAAUGCAAGCUGUGUAGUAGCAACUAGAAAGCGAGAGUGAGGAGGAAGUAAGGAGAUGGGAGGUGUGACGUCAUCGGUGGCGGCUAAGUUCGCCUUCUUCCCUCCGAGUCCCCCGUCUUACAAGGUGGUUACCGACGAGCUCACCGGACUGUUGCUUCUCACCCCUUUCCCCCACCGCGAAAACGUAGAAAUCGUAAAGCUCCCGACCCGGAGAGGCACGGAGGUCGUGGCUAUGUACGUGAGGCACCCGAUGGCUACCUCCACGCUCCUCUACUCCCAUGGCAACGCCGCCGAUCUGGGGCAGAUGUAUGAGCUCUUCAUCGAGCUUAGCAUCCAUCUCAAGGUUAAUCUCAUGGGAUACGACUACUCCGGGUAUGGACAAUCUACUGGAAAGCCGAGUGAGCAUAACACCUAUGCUGAUAUCGAAGCUGUUUAUAAGUGUCUUGAAGAAACCUUCGGCUCUAAGCAGGAAGAUGUCAUCCUCUACGGACAAUCUGUAGGCAGCGGACCAACAUUAGACCUUGCUUCCCGGUUGCCUCACUUGAGAGCCGUCGUCCUUCACAGCCCCAUUCUCUCCGGUUUAAGAGUUAUGUACGCCGUUAAGAAAACCUACUGGUUUGACAUCUACAAGAAUAUCGACAAAAUCCCAUAUGUCGAUUGCCCGGUUCUUAUCAUUCAUGGAACUUCUGAUGAAGUAGUGGAUUGCUCUCAUGGGAAACAGCUAUGGGAACUCUGCAAAGACAAGUACGAGCCGCUUUGGGUGAAAGGAGGGAACCACUGUGAUCUUGAACACUACCCUGAAUACAUCAGACACCUUAAGAAAUUCAUCACGACGGUAGAGAGAUUACCCUGUCCGAGGAUGAGCAGCAGCGACCAAACAGAGAGGGUGAGAGAUGAACCGAGGAAAAGUAUGGACAGGAGGGUGAAGCCGAGGCAGAGCACAGAGCGUAGGGAGAGAGAGAAGGCGCCAAAGAGUCAGUGGAAGAAGAGUAGCAGCAAGCUCAAGAUCUCUUUUGAUCAUCUUGAUCGCUCGAGGAGGAGCGUUGACUGCCAUGAAAAGACUCGGAAGAGCGUAGACCAGUCCCAUCAGAUUGAGAGGGGCAGGAAGAGUGUGGAUAGGUUGGACUGACUUGGCUCCGAGUAAAAAAAAAAAAACAAAAACACACACACAUAAAUAUAUAUAUAUAUAUAUAUAUAUGGAACACGUAUAGAGAUGAAGAGUACAUAGCUGUGCUUUACCAAACAAAGACAUGUGGCCGUGACAACUGAUUUGUAAUUUUCAUGCAAAAUUUGUGGGAUCUAUCUUUUUUAUCUUGAAUAUCCUCUAUUUUAAAAAGGAGUCUUUUUGGUGGUAUAUAUGUAGGAUUUUGAUU